AUGAGCACCACCCUCGACGCGCAGUGGGCCAAGAUCCGCGCCCAGUCCGGCUCGCAGGUCCCCGCCAUCCAGCGCCCGGCCCACCUCCUCCUCGCCGUCGACGACACGCUCGGCCCGGACCAGCGCGCCCCAGAGGCCUACUGGGUCGCCCUCCUGUCGACCCUCGACCAGCUCGCCGCCGACCCGCAAGCCGCCAAGCCCGCGUCCGACAAGCGCCAGCUCCUCGAGGCCACCCUCUACCUCCUCGGCCUCCUCGCGCCGCACCUCGACCCACAAGCUCUGCGCGCCAAGCACCACACCCUCAAGACCCUCCAGCCCCUCCUCGCCUCGUUCGCCCAGCACGCCCCGGCCCUCAAGAGCCUCGUCGCCCUCGCCCAGUCGCUCCUCGUCGCAGCGCCCGCACAGGCCCUCGAGAAGGACCUUGACGGCUGCCGUUCCGUCUACGCCACCGUCCUCUCGCUCUCGGCCGACGCCCGCCCAAAGGUCCGCCGCCGCGCCCAGGAGGCCGUCCACGCCGUCCUCGCGUCGCCGCCGCCGCCCGCCGCCGUCCACCCGUACGCCGACGAGACGGCCCAGUGGGUCUGCGCCAAGCUCGACGACGCCCUGCGCGCCGCAAAGCGCGGCGGCAAGGCGGCCGUCGGCGCAAAGCCCGACGAGCACGGCGCCGACGAGAGCCGCGCCAUUGCCCUCCUCACCUUCAUCCGCAACCUCGGCACGAGCUGGCCCGUCUCGUCGACCCCGACGCUCCUCCCGCUCCUCCUGUCGACCCUCACCCUCUCGUCUCAGCACCUCACCCUCGCCGCCCUCACCCUCCUCUCGCACCUCUUCUCGGCCGCACACGCCGCCGAGCACCUCUCCGACGACCACGUGCGCGACACGCUCGACGCCCUCGUCCAGGCUCGCCCAAAGGUCGCCGAGGGCACCGAGCAGGGCGAGAAGCUCCUCGCGGGAUGGGUGGAAGGCGUCGGUGAGGGCAUGGUGGCCUACGCGAGGACCGACUCGACCGCCGCCCUCGACCGCCUCACGACCCUCUUCCCCUCGACCCUUUCCCUCCUCGCGUCCGCCACUACUCCGGCGCUCCGCCUCGCCGUCGAGACCGCCUGCGCCCUCAUGAUCCGCCACUGCCUCACCGACGACGACAUCCUCGCCUCGGGCCCGACCACGCGCGCCGUCAUCGAGCACGUCGAGAAGGCCCUCACCUCGGCGCGGUUCGCCGCCCAGGCCCAGCCCCACGUCCUCGCGCUCAUCAAGGCCCUGUUCCUCCGCCUGCGCCUGCGCACGUCGGCCGGCGAGCCCGCCGCCGCGACCCUCCUCAGCAAGAUGCUCGUCCUCGUCGGCAAGCAGCGCGAGGACUCGCGGUUCGAGUGGAAGAAGGAGGCCGACGCCGUCCUCGACAGCGCCAUCAAGGUCCUCGGCCCGGCGACCGUCCUCCGGUUCCUCCCGCUCGGCCUCUCGGCAGAGAACGCCAACCCGGCCAAGGCGCGCGCGUGGCUCCUCCCGCUCCUCAAGCCCGCCAUCACCAACACGCGCCUCGGGCACUUCCGCGACACGUUCGUCCCCCUGUCGGCCGGCUUCUUCAACAAAGCCGAGGAGGCCAAGGCGGCCGAGCGCGCCAUGGAGGCCAAGGUGUGGGAGACGCUCGUCGGCCAGGUGUGGGCCCUCCUCCCGGGCUACUGCGAGUACCCGACGGACCUCGUGACGGCGUUCGACACCGACUUUGUGUCGCUCGUCGCCAACGUCGUGUACACGCAGGCGUCGCUGCGCCCGAGCAUCUUCAAGGCCCUGUCGACCCUUCUCGCGACCACGCUCGCCCUCGCCAACUCGACGUCGCCGCCCGACCUCCUGCGCGAGCAGUUCGGCCUGACGCCCGCCGACGGCAAGGCGUCGCUCGCGCACCUCCAGUCGCUCGCCCAGACGGUCCUGAGCGUCGCGUUCAACGUGUACGGCAAGAUGGCGCGCGGCGAGGGCGGCUACGUCCUCGAGACGGUCGCGGCCUGGGUCGCUAUCCUGCCCGCCGACGAGCUCGCCGGCACGUACGAGCGCGUGAGCGGGCUCGCGUCGCAGGCGCUCGAUGCCGCGGCGCACACGCCGCACCAGCACGGCUCGUCCAAGGACGACCCGACCCUGCCCGCCGCCCACGCCCUCCUCGACAUCCUCGUCACGCUCGUCCCGCAGGCACGAGGCCCGACCGCCCGCGUCCUGUUCGACUUUGCCCUGAGCGACAAGGUCGUCGCGAGCGCCGACGCGGCCGUCCAGAAGAAGGGCUACCGCAUCCUCGCGCGCCUGUGCGAGGAGACCAAGAGCGAGGUGCUCAAGGGUCGCGAGGGCGAGGUCAUCGACGCCAUCGUCGAGGGCUCGGCCAAGGUGGCGAACGGCGCCAAGCGGGACCGCGUGUCGCUGCUCGCCGCGCUCGUUCCCCUCAUUCCCGUCGACUCGCUCCACAUCGUCCCGUCGCUCAUCCCCGAGGCCGUCCUCGGCACCAAGGAGUCGAACGGCGUCACGCGCGAGGCCGCCUACGACCUGCUCGUCUCGAUGGGCCAAAAGAUGGCGGCCGGCGGGCGCAUCAAGCGCCACCUGAUCAAGGGCAUGGAGGACUCGAUGGAGGACGAGGUCGACGCCAACGAGGAGGAGUUUGUCACGAUGCUCAGCGCCGGUCUCGCGGCGAGCAACCCGCACAUGAUCGCGGCCUCGAUUGGUGCGCUCGGUCGCCUCGUCUGGGAGUUCCACACCUCGCUCGACGACUCGUACCUCGCCGAGCUCGUCGACACCAUCGUCGUCUUCCUCACGUCGGCCAACCGCGAGAUCGUCAAGGCCGGCCUCGGCUUCGUCAAGAUUGCCGUCGUCACGCUCAAGUCGGCGCUCGUCACGCCGUCGCUGCCGCAGCUCGUCCCGUCGCUGGUCAACUGGUCGCACGAGCACUCGAACCACUUCAAGGUCAAGAUUCGCCACCUCCUCGAGCGCAUGAUCCGCAAGUACGGCUAUGGCGAGGUCGAGCGCUACGUGCCCGAGGACGACAAGAAGCUCGUCAGCAACAUCCGCAAGCGGCACGCGCGCAGCAAGAAGAAGAAGGCCGCCGCCGCCGCCGUCAUGGACGUCGACGGCGCCGACAACUCGGACGACGAGGGCGCGCCUCGCCCGCAGACCGCGCAGCGCUCGGCGUACGACGAGGUCCUGUACGGCUCCGAGUCGGACGUGUCGGCGUCCGAGGGCGAGGCCGAGCCGGCCGACCCGGGCAAGACGGCGCCGUCGGGCGUCAAGAACCGCAAGGCGAUGGCGCGCAAGGCCAAGAAGGACCGCGAGGACGGCGGCGCCUACAUCCAGGAGGGCGAGGACGAGGUGCUCGACCUGCUCGACGACCGCAUGAUGAGCCGCAUCUCUGCCGCCAAGCCUGCCGCCCCGUCGACAUCGCGCAAGCCGCUCGACUCGCACUUCAAGACGGACGAUGCCGGCCGGUUCCGCUUCAACGAGUCGGGCUCGGACGACGACGACGAGGGCGCGCCCAAGUCGGGCCCGUCUCGUGGCGCCGGCAUGGGCGACUACGUCGAGGCGAUGCACGGCGAGGACGGGCACACGCGCGACGCACGAGGCCGCGUCAAGUUCAACAAGACGCAGGGCAAGCGUGGGCGCGGCAACGACGACUUUGACGACGCCGACGACAACGACGUCGAGCGCGACGUGCCUGUCACGGCGGGCCUCAAGGAGCUCGAGGUCGGCGGCAAGAGGAAGAAGCAGAAGAAGGAGGUGCAGCGCGUCGGCCAGGAGUUCAAGGCCAAGCGCGCAGGAGGAGACGUCAAGAAGGACGGCAUGCAGCCGUACGCCUUCGUGCCGCUGUCGCAGGUCGCCGGCAAGAAGUCGAACCAGCGCGGCCCGAAGCUUGGUAUCACGGGCCUGAAGCGUGCGGGAGGCGGCAAGAAGUAGUCGAGCCGUCGAGAGAUGUAUUGCACUUUCACUCCCCGUUCGUCGUC